AUAAAUAAACCGGUUUAUGAAGUUAGGUGUCAAUUAUUUGUUUAUUUUUACAGAAACACCUGUUUUGUUUUGGAAAAAAAUGUCUUCUUAUAGUGACAGCGAGCUGAAGAAAAUGGAAUUAAAAAAUAAAAUAAAAAAGGCUGUAUCUCUGCAUGUUACACUGAAAGCGAAAGAACGCCAGGAAAAAAGAGUUGCGCAAAAAUUACACCUGCAUAUGCCCGAUAUAAACGAACGGAAAUUGAUCACUGCUGUUAGUACAAAUAAUACUGAAAGAUUGCAGGAAAUGCUGUCAGGAAAUCACAAUCCGAAUAGCAAAGACAAUCAUAACCGAAGUGCCUUACACAUAGCAGUCAGUCGUGGUUAUACGGAGUGCGUUUGUUUACUUUUACAAAAUGGGGCCGAUGUAAAUAGUCAGGAUAUUCUGGGAAACACACCUUUACACUUAGCGGCCUGCACGAGUAAUUUACAAAUUAUUACUCAUUUACUAAAUGCAGGCGCCGAUAUAAACUCGUUGGACAUGCAUGGUCGAAAUCCACGCCAGCUUGCCGAGAGCAAAUUGCAUAUAUUGAGACACAGUUGGAAAUCCCGCACCAUCGAGAUGACAAAUCUCAGAGAGCAACUACAACAAGUUGUCAAUAUGAUGAUUUCGUUGUGGAGACGUAAUGCAAGUGACAAAGUAAACGAUUUACAAAUGAUGAAAUUAUCGAUAGAUUCUGUCGACAAUGUGGAUGAUCAAAUGGCUAGACUGCUGGACGAAUUGCGGGACUUCUCUUUGAAGUAGAUUCAUUUUUAUAUAUUUGUAGUUACUAUAUACUCUUACUAAA